ACGAGAUCAGUGUUAAUAAUAGUAAAAAAUAAUUAUUGAAAAUAAUGAAAAUAAUAUUAUUGAUAUUAUUAUCCGGUUUGAUAUACGCUGUCAAUAGUGUGAGUAUAUACUCCUGGACAGUCACGGGUCGCAAAACUUGCGGUCAAAAUGCCACUCAACAGCAAACACAAGCACUAAUUAAUUGCGAUAAACUUAUGAGACCAGAGAGAAAGCAAUUGUUAGAAAUUUGUUUGAAAGAAGUGAUAAAUAAUGCAAACUAUAAGUUACCAAAUGAUAAACCAAUGAUAUGCACCUAUACUCAAAAUGAACAGGACUUUAAAGUAAUGGACUGUAUGUUCAAUAAAACCGGUAAAAUUUAUGGCAAAAAAUUUAUGGCCAAUAAUGUCGACGAAGAUUUUGAUGCCAUUGAUGCCGUAGAAAAUGAUUUUGAGUGGUGUGUUAUGAAAGCUGUCUCAGUGUAUGGUUUUGAACAUUUAUGUGAUAUGAAACUAAACCAAAAUCAUAUCAAUGCUAUUGAAAAAUGCAACCAAAAUUCUACCGAGUUAUUAAAAGUAUUGAAUGAUUGUCGAUCUGCCGCUAAACUCAAAAUUGAUAACAAGCCGUCCACUUGUGAUUUCUAUGGCAAUAUACAAGUACUAAAUUGUUAUAAUCAAGUAUCAUUAAAAUGGACUGAACAUGAUCAAAAUAAUAAAUGGAAUCAAUAUAUUGAAUGUCUCGACGAUAUUAAAAUAUAAAAUUAAGUUGAAACAAAAAUUUUGCAAUUUUCACAUUUAUAAACUG